AUGUUAUUUUUUGCCGAAUAUAGUAAAUAUUUAUUAAAAUUACAGGUGAUAAAUUUAUUACUGGAAGCGGAAAGGAGAAAGCUUUGCGUUCUUCAACGAGAAUUAAAAACCGCGUUGGAAGAAGGGGGUUCGAUAAAAGCAAAAGAACAUCAAAAACAAGAAUUGAUAACGGCUAUACAAAAAAUUCAAUCCCAAUAUGAUAAUUUGGAAAAGGAAUGCAGGCAACAUGCGAUUGGUGCAUUGAAAGCAUCCAACACGAGAGGAAUCGGAAAGUUUAACAUUACAACGUCACGUCUUAACACUGUAUUUGACCGACAUCUAUCGUGA